CGACAUCUCUUAAAUAUCUCAUAACCUCCUUGUGAACUCUCUGCGAGUGCAUUCUUUUCCAUCGUUAACUCAUGUAUCACGAGACCUUCAACUUCAAGACAGUAACCCAACCCCAAUAACCAACACCAUUUCAACAACAUCAGCAAGAUGGAGGCCGCAGGAGCAAUCGACGAUAGGAGGCUCAAGCAGAGCUUCAUCCUCGCAACCCUCAUAUCUACCAUUGCCGGUACCUUCACCACCGGAGUCAACCUGUUCGACCGUGUAGGGGAAGCCAGAAGACAACGGAGACAGCGCAAGAUGGACCGGGGCCAGAACCGCAAGAUCAAGGAGCUGGAACAGCGUCUGGAUGAUGCUGUGAAGGGCAAGUCCGAGGCCGAGGAGAAGAAUGUCCGAAAUAAGAGCCAAAGGGGAGGAGACGAAGAGGAUCUAAGAGACUCUCUCCAGCGUGGUGGUCCGUUGGUUCAAGGGCAGUAUGACCAGCUCUACUCGAGAAUGGGGCCUCAGUUUGCUCAGGGUGACUUGCUCGCCCAAACCCAAAUUCAAGGCCAGAUCAUCACCCUCCAAGGCACCGUCAUCAAAAUGCUUGAAGAGGCCCUCUACACCGGCGAUCCUCCAGACGUCCGCAAGCUCUACAACGCCUCCGAAUUUGCCCGGGAAGGCAGCAUGCGCGCUCUCCGCGACCAAUACCAGCGUCUCCUCCAAUCCGCCCCAAUAGACCGGGCUCUUCCCGCUCCAGCUCCCUCCCACCGUUCCGGGCGAAGCCAAAGCCGCCCCAUCGCUCCCGUCCGACGCAUCUCCUCCACUCCUUCUCUCCGGGACUACUACAACACAACCGACUACGACACCUCCUACCACCCCACCACCACGCACCGCACCACCCGAACCCGCGGCGCCGGGGACUCCGUCUCCCACUCGCACCACUCCCACUCCCACUCGCACUCCCGCUCCCCUUCCCGGCACUCAUCAAAGGGAAUCCCCAAGCAAUUAACCUACCACAACUCCAUCUACUGCCAAUACGCCACGUACCUGCAACAAUCCGGACAACCGCUCGACUCCUCGCUAGCUUCUUCGGGUGUUUGUCCCGACUGCCACGCGCACUUGUUCGACCCCGUCGAAGUCGCGCAGCGGGGACCGUGGAGGGUCGAUAAGGAGAUGGUGACGCACAAUGAGCGGACGGGCAAGGAGGAGGUGGAGUACAGGAGUUAUUUGUUGACGACAAGGUUUUUCGUCAAGUGUCAUCGGGAGGGGGGCGGGUUUGCGUGUUACUUGUGCUCGAAGCAUCGGGAGAGGGAUACGGUCUGUAAGAGGGAGGAGAGUUUGGUGGAUCAUGUGGGGGAGAAACAUUCGAUUGGGGAGUAUGAGGGGGAUGGGGAUGUGAGGGAUGUUACGAGGUGAUUUGGUUCUUUCCUGAGUUUCACCCCUUGCACAAUGUGGUUGAACAUUUCUGGUUUUUCCUUGUCACGACUUUGUUACGAUUGCAUCGAGCG